AGGGAGAGUUGGAGAACUUUAGAGAGUUUUCAAAUCCAGACUGUCUGUGAAGAGAUGUGUUUUGAUGAGUCUCUCUGACACCCUCAGGGUUUAGGUCCGUCUCUUUUUAAUAGGAAUCUGAGCUGCUCGGACCAGCCUAACGCUCUGGAUGUACCCCCUGGACACGCCGUCUCUGGAGCCCCUGCCAGCCUACCGCUGGAAUAUCAUGAGCUACCUCUACUCCUCUCUGGCUGUAUGCCUGAUCUACCGGUUCACUCCAGGUGAGGCCCUAGACGUGGGCGACCUGACCUUGGUGAACCCCGACCCCAUGGUGACAUCAUCAGACUCCUCCCUCCACUGUGUCAGCAGUGACUGGACCACCCGGCAGGACGGUUCCCCUUCCAGCAGCACUCUGGUUAUGGGCCGGUCCUACCCUCUGCCCUAUCCUCAGAACCAGGCUGUCAGCCCUGACACAGUCUACCAUCACGCCUCCAAGCUCCAGUGGAAGACGCGCAGUGACAUGUUUGGGGAAUUCUACUGCCGUGCCAGCAAGGGAGACCCAAGCCAGAUAUACACAUAUAAGAUGCUGAAUGAAGCUGCAUUCCUGCCAGAGACCUUGACCAUCACAGUCAGUAUAGGAGAAGACGUCAACAUCUCUUUUACUCGUAGGAAAUGCUUCACAGAGGAUGUAGUCAUCUAUAAGAAUGACAGCUCCUUCAUCCACUCUCUGCCUCAGAAUGAGGUCUCAGACGUCCUGGUGUACCCCAUCAAGGGGGUGACGUUGACCGAUGCCGGCCUCUACACUGUCUACUACAUCGCUAGAGCCAAGUCCACGUCAGCCAUCCUCCGCCUCAUUGUACGAAAGUGUAAGUCUGGACUGUGGGGUCCUGGCUGUGAACAUAGAUGUCCUCAGUGCUCUAACGGAGGGAUCUGUCAUGACGAGACAGGAGAGUGUAUCUGUCCACCUGGCUUCAAGGGGCACAGCUGUGAAACAGUGUGUGGUCAGGGUAGGUUUGGGAGGAGCUGUAAGGUGUGGUGUAGAGAUGGAAAUUGCAGAUCUAUGGUGUUCUGUCAGAGAGACCCUUAUGGCUGUUCCUGUGGAACUGGAUGGAGAGGCUUCAAUUGCAGCGAACCCUGCCCCCCUGGAUACUACGGCGCUGGCUGUAAGCUACGGUGUCAGUGUGACGACACAGGAAGGUGUGACCGCUUCCGUGGCUGCGUGUGUCCAGGAAGACACGGGGCUCGCUGUGAAAGAGAAGACAGGGCGCCUGUUGUGGUCAGCCAACUGACAGACACAGAGUUGAACUCAGGGAUCCACUACCUGGUAAACUGCAGUGCCACUGGUCAGCCAGCUCCUCUACAUGGAGACAUCGUCUUACUAAAACCAGAUAAAACCAAGAUAUACGCAUUUGACACAGACACAGUGAGCAACCAGACCAUCUCUCAGUUUAAGGUGGACAGGAUCACUGAGAGAGACGCAGGCAGGUGGGUCUGCCAGGUGAAUACUACAGCAGGGCAGACAGAGAGGGAAUUCCUGGUCACUGUCAAAGUCCCUCCAAUGCCACUGUACCCCCCCAUGUUGAACGAUAGUGGGCCGUACCACGUCCUCCUGUUGGUCAAAAAUAAACCAUAUACAGGAGAUGGACCGGUGACCUCUAUCAAGGUCAUUUACAAGCAGGUCAACAGAUCCAUGUGGGAGGCGGUUGAAGUGUCUGGCCCUGUAGUGAAGCUAGAGAACCUGUCUCCAAUGACCCAGUACACAGCCUCUGUCCUGCUGAGUCGUGACGGUGCUGGAGGGGUGGGGUUUCCAGGACCAGAGACCAGCUUCUCCACACAGAUGCUUGAUCUCCCACUCCCUUCAGGGGUUAGGCUGGUCCCGGUCUCACAGACCUCUCUGGACCUGUCCUGGGACAGAGUCAUGAGUCCGGAGUCCCCCAAGGAGGACCUGACCUACCAGGUGGAGUGUGUUCAGAGCUCUGACCCAGGAAAUGUGAAGACGUAUCAGCUCCCCUCCAACUCCUCUGGCUUAAGUCUGACAGAGCUGAAGCCCAGACACAGGUAUGAGUGCAGGGUGAGGAUGAUGACACUGUCAGUGGGACAACACAGCCAGACUGUUUUCGCGUGGACAUUCAGCAACGAAUUACCCCCGGAACCGUCCAACAUCCAGAGCUGCAACAUCACGGACACCUCUGCCAUCAUUACUUGGUCACUUGCUGAGGGACACUCCAUCUCAAAGGUGAUGCUGCGUUUUCAAGAGAACACCCUGGCUGACUACAGCCAACUGGCAGAGAUCAACGUUCAACAGCAAGGGGAGUGGCAUGGUCAGGAAGCCAAUCAGAUGCAUUUCCAGCUGCGCGGCCUCAAACCUGACACGCCCUACCUGGUGGAGAUGUGGUCACAGAACAACAUGGGAGAGAGUCUGGGGAAACCUCAGGUUCUGCUCCGGACCACACCAUCUCAGGAGAGUGCCCCUCAGGCUGGGUUUGGCAGUAAGGACAACAUGCUGUUCUUUGCCAUCCUGGGUUCAGCUGGCAUGACCUGCAUCACCAUCCUACUAGCCUUCUGUAUUGUCCUGCAGCUGAAGAGGGCAACCUUCCAGAGACGCAUGGUCCGGGCCUUCCAGAACAUAGUGAGAGAAGAGCCGGUGGUCCAGUUCAGCUCCGGUUCUCUUAACCUGCCGAACAAGAAACACAAGAACCCAGAGCAGCCUGUGUCUUACCCUGCACUGGAGUGGAGCGACAUCAAGUUCCAGGACGUCAUCGGAGAGGGGAACUUCGGCCAGGUGCUCAAAGCUCGCAUUAAGAAAGACGGGCUGAGGAUGGACGCCGCAAUCAAACGAAUGAAAGAGUACGCCUCCAAAGACGACCAUCGGGACUUUGCAGGGGAGCUGGAGGUGCUGUGUAAACUGGGCCACCACCCCAACAUCAUCAACCUGCUGGGAGCCUGCGAACAUCGAGGUUACCUGUACCUGGCCAUAGAGUUUGCCCCUCACGGUAACCUGCUGGACUUCCUCCGGAAGAGCAGAGUGCUGGAGACAGACCCAGCCUUUGCCAUCGCCAACAGUACUGCGUCCACACUCACCUCUCAACAGCUGCUGCACUUCGCGGCCGACGUGGCCCGUGGUAUGGACUACUUGGCCCAGAAACAGUUCAUUCACAGAGAUCUAGCAGCUAGAAACAUCUUGGUGGGAGAGAACUUUGUGGCCAAGAUAGCAGACUUCGGUCUGUCCAGAGGACAGGAGGUGUAUGUGAAGAAGACCAUGGGCCGGUUACCUGUCAGAUGGAUGGCCAUCGAGUCACUGAAUUACAGUGUUUACACCACCAACAGUGAUGUAUGGUCAUAUGGUGUACUACUCUGGGAGAUCGUCAGCCUAGGAGGAACCCCGUACUGUGGGAUGACGUGUGCCGAGCUGUACGAGAAACUCCCUCAGAGCUACCGGCUGGAGAAACCCCUCAACUGUGACGACGAGGUGUAUGACCUAAUGAGACAGUGUUGGAGAGAAAAGCCUUACGAGAGACCGUCGUUCCAGCAGAUACUGGUCUCCCUUAACAGGAUGCUGGAGGAGAGGAAGACUUACGUCAACACCACCCUUUAUGAGAAGUUCACCUACGCUGGCAUCGACUGCUCUGCAGAAGAAGCUGGAUGACCUGGUCCUAUUCCAGAUAAAACUUACAAGGUUUAAGGAAUCCUUCCCAGGGGAUUCAUGGACUCAUUCUGUGGAUAUUGUGUAUUCCAAAGUUGUGCUCACUCUGUACAGUCGACCUUAAAGACUUUCAUCUUGAUGUUGCCGUUGUUCUGUUAAUGUACAGAGAAGUUACAAGACGGUCACAUCAGAUUUACUGUAAAUAUUUCACAUUUUAUAAACCACUACAAAGACAUCUGUACUCCUAAUACUAAUAAAAAUGUGAUGGUAAACUUU